CGUGAGCUCGCGAGGACGGUGCGGGAGUGUGUGUGGGGGGUGGUCGCUGCCUCGUCGGGACACGGCAGCCCUCUUUCCCAAGCUCGCCCGCUAGCAGCCCGUCCCCGGCGCACACCCCCGCGCUCCGCCCGCCGGGCUCGCGCUCGCUGAAGGGGUGCGCCCCGCUCUCCCGGCACCGCCCACUCCUCUCCCUGCCGCCGCUCCUCCCUCCGCCCGGAGUGCCGGCGGCGGCGGCGGCGGCGGCUGCCGGGAGAGGCCCCUCCUUCACGCCCUGCUUCUUUCCCUCGCUCGCAGUCGAGCGGAGCCGGCCAACCCGCUGUGCCCCCGACCUUACCCGGGCCAUGGCCGGCAACGUGAAAAAGAGCUCUGGCGCCGGGGGCGGCGGCGGCUCCGGGGGUUCGGGCGCGGGAGGCCUGAUCGGGCUUAUGAAGGACGCCUUCCAGCCGCACCACCACCACCACCACCACCUCAGCCCGCACCCGCCGGGCACCGUGGACAAGAAGAUGGUGGAGAAGUGCUGGAAGCUUAUGGACAAGGUGGUGCGGUUGUGUCAGAACCCAAAACUGGCACUAAAGAAUAGUCCACCUUAUAUCUUAGACCUGCUGCCAGAUACCUACCAGCAUCUCCGUACUGUCUUGUCAAGAUAUGAGGGGAAGAUGGAGACACUUGGAGAAAAUGAAUAUUUUAGGGUAUUCAUGGAGAAUUUGAUGAAGAAAACUAAGCAGACCAUAAGCCUUUUCAAGGAGGGGAAAGAAAGAAUGUAUGAGGAAAAUUCUCAACCUAGGCGAAACCUAACCAAACUGUCCCUGAUCUUCAGUCACAUGCUGGCAGAACUGAAAGGCAUCUUUCCAAGUGGACUCUUUCAAGGAGACACAUUUCGGAUUACUAAAGCAGAUGCUGCAGAAUUUUGGAGAAAGGCUUUUGGGGAAAAGACAAUAGUCCCUUGGAAAAGCUUUCGACAAGCCCUGCAUGAAGUGCAUCCCAUCAGUUCUGGGCUGGAGGCCAUGGCUCUGAAAUCCACUAUUGAUCUGACCUGCAAUGAUUAUAUUUCAGUUUUUGAAUUUGAUAUCUUUACACGACUCUUUCAGCCAUGGUCCUCUUUGCUCAGAAAUUGGAACAGCCUCGCUGUAACUCACCCUGGUUACAUGGCUUUCCUGACUUAUGAUGAAGUGAAAGCUCGGCUCCAGAAAUUCAUUCACAAACCUGGCAGUUACAUCUUCCGGCUGAGCUGUACUCGUCUGGGUCAGUGGGCUAUUGGGUAUGUUACUGCUGAUGGGAACAUUCUCCAGACAAUUCCUCACAAUAAACCUCUCUUCCAAGCGCUGAUUGAUGGCUUCAGGGAAGGCUUCUAUUUAUUUCCUGAUGGACGAAAUCAGAAUCCUGACCUGACAGGAUUAUGUGAACCAACUCCCCAAGAUCACAUCAAAGUGACCCAGGAACAAUAUGAAUUAUACUGUGAGAUGGGCUCAACAUUCCAACUGUGUAAAAUAUGUGCUGAAAAUGAUAAAGAUGUAAAGAUUGAGCCCUGUGGACACCUCAUGUGCACAUCCUGUCUUACAUCCUGGCAGGAAUCAGAAGGUCAAGGCUGUCCUUUCUGCCGAUGUGAAAUCAAAGGUACUGAACCCAUCGUGGUAGACCCAUUUGAUCCUAGAGGAAGUGGCAGCCUAUUGAGGCAAGGAGCAGAAGGAGCUCCCUCCCCAAAUUAUGAUGAUGAUGAAGAUGAACGAGCUGAUGAUUCUCUCUUCAUGAUGAAGGAAUUAGCAGGUGCCAAGGUGGAAAGGCCUCCUUCUCCAUUCUCCAUGGCCCCACAAGCUUCCCUUCCUCCAGUGCCACCACGACUUGACCUUCUACAACAACGAGUAUCUGUUCCUUCAAGUGCUUCUGGUCUGGGAACUGCUUCCAAGGCUGCUUCUGGCUCCCUUCAUAAGGACAAACCAUUGCCAAUACCUCCUACACUUCGCGAUCUCCCACCACCGCCCCCUCCAGACCGUCCAUAUUCUGUUGGAGCAGAAACCCGGCCUCAGAGACGCCCCCUGCCUUGUACACCAGGAGAUUGUCCAUCCAGGGACAAACUGCCCCCUGUCCCCUCUAGCCGUCUUGGGGACUCAUGGCUGUCCCGACCAAUCCCCAAAGUACCAGUAGCUACUCCAAGUCCUAGUGACCCCUGGACUGGAAGAGAAUUAACCAACCGGCACUCACUUCCAUUUUCAUUGCCCUCACAAGUAGAACCUAGAGCAGAUGUGUCUAGGCUUGGAAGCACAUUUAGUCUGGAUACUUCCAUGAACAUGAAUAGCAGUCCAUUAACAGGUCCAGAAUGUGAGCACUCCAAAAUCAAACCUUCCUCAUCUGCCAAUGCCAUUUAUUCUCUGGCUGCCAGACCUCUUCCUGUGCCAAAACCGCUACCAGGGGAGCAAGGUGAGAGCGAAGAGGAUACAGAGUAUAUGACUCCCUCCUCUAGACCUGUAGGGCUUCAGUCAGAGUUGAAACGGCCUUUGGAGAUAACACAGAGUUCACGAGCAUGUGAUUGUGACCAGCAGAUUGAUAGCUGUACAUAUGAAGCAAUGUAUAAUAUUCAGUCCCAGGCACCACCUGCCACCGAGAACAGCACCUUUGGUGAAGGGAAUUUGGCUGCAGCCCACACCAACACUGGCCCUGAGGAAUCAGAAAACGAGGAUGAUGGGUAUGAUGUUCCUAAGCCACCUGUGCCAGCUGUGCUGGCCCGCCGAACUCUGUCAGACAUCUCUAAUGCCAGCUCCUCCUUUGGCUGGUUAUCUCUGGAUGGUGAUCCCACAAACUUCACUGAGGGUUCCCAGGUUCCUGAGCGGCCCCCCAAACCAUUCCCUCGGAGAAUCAACUCUGAACGAAAAGCGAGUAGCUGUCAGCAAGGUGGUGGUGCCACUGCUACCCCUGCCACUGCCCCCUCGCCACAGCUCUCCAGUGAGAUUGAGAGCCUCAUGAGUCAGGGCUACUCCUACCAGGACAUUCAGAAAGCUUUGGUCAUUGCCCACAACAACAUUGAAAUGGCCAAAAACAUUCUCCGGGAAUUUGUUUCUAUUUCUUCUCCUGCCCACGUAGCCACCUAGCACAUCUCUGCCUGCUAUGGCUUCAGAGGACCCAUGAGCUAGGCUCUUACUCAAGGAGCACUUGGAGAGCAGAGGCUUCUUAGGGGACUUCACAGUGAGGUCCUGCUGUCCCUAUGGGUAUCAGACCCAUGGUUCCAAGAUUUCAAAGCAGUGGAAUGAGAAUGGAGCAGCUAGUAUUUUAUUAUUGUAUGAUCUUGAGAGUGCAUUUGCAGUGUCCUCCAGUCCCCACUUGGAGAGAGUGGGCUUUUAUUACAUAGCAGCCUACCUGGGGAGCAGUCCCACAAGCAGCAAAACCAGUAUUGUGCUGUAAACCCUCAUUGAGGACUGGAGACUUUCCUGGGUUAGGGAUGUGAUCCAUGUGUAUGUGUGUCUGUCUGUCUGUCUCUGUUUGUGGUUGUGUGUGUCCUAUGAUUAUAAGAUUAUCCUGCUGUGUGUGUUAAUCCCAGGCAGGGAAUUAGCACAAGAAGAUCAGGAAGGAAUAUUUAAAGACUUCCAUCUACUGUGGUAUUGCACCUAACCCUUGUGUACAUUACAACUUCUACACUCCCCUUUGGCUUAGAUUAUAAUGUGCAUAGCAAAAAUCUUAUUUUUAGAAACUCUCCCUCUGUCCUUUCCCCAUCAACUCCUUCUUCCUUGGUAUCUGUCAUUGGCGGUGGGCUUGUUGUGACCAGCCUUACUGAAACCCAGCAGCCUAUAGGAUGUUCUUUAUAAUGUGUGAUGGCGUUGGUUUGUUGGUAGAGAUAAGUGAGAGGGAAAGUACUGUUGCUCUAUCGCUACAGUCAUGUUUGAUACUAGCAGCUAACACUGGUCACUCCAAAGCGCUAUUUCUAUAAGAACAUUACAUUUAAGAUAUUUGAACUGUCCUAAUUACAUAAUGACUGAUUUAAGAUAGAGGCCUUCAAAUACAUUCCGUGUCCUCCACAGGAAAUAGCCUGUGGAAGUCUGUUGCCUUGAUACCAGGUGUGUGUUCUGGUUUAGGUCAUGAGUCUUUCUACUUAACAGGAAGGGAAGAACAUAGUUUCCAGGAUGACUUUCUGGCUUCAAUACCAUGAAGUUUUUAGGACACUUCAUUGAUAUUCUAUCUAAAUUCACAAAAUAGACAGUAAAGAUCUGUUGGUUUUUCUUCUUGUGAAUUAAUUUUAGUUUAUAUGGUAUCCCUUUUUGGAAGUGAGCCAGGUUAGAUUUUUCAGAAGUGGUUUUUCUUUGUCCUUUAAGGAAAUGGGAAUGCCACCAUGGUAGUAAAAUAUUUUGCUGAUAAUUAACACCUUUCCUACGUUGGUGCCACUCAGUGACUUCAUUUUCUUUUGUGCCUCAAGCUUUGCAAAUGGAAUAUCUCUUUCCUCCCUUCCUUCCCUUUUCUUAGGUCCCAUAUAUGAUUACUGUGCUCUGCACAGUAAUUAUUGAAAUGGAUUACUCUAGUAAAAAACAGUAUGGGAAAAGGCCAGCAAUUUGUAUAAUUGGAAGUUCAUAAAGAAGAUUCAGUGUCCAGUUUGGAUACCUGCUUGUCAGUUUCUAUAGCUUUUGCUAAGUUAUCCCUUGGGUUCAGUCAGUUAUCUGGCUAGAGUCUCCUGCUGACUUCACUAGCAGCAUGUACCUUUCUCCUUUUCAGAAGCAAGCUGGCUCACCCAUAAAUCUGCCUUUCUCAGGAUCUAAGUCAUGCUUUUGUCUUUAGGUCCAGAUAGAAAUGAUCCUCCUUAAAUCAGCUUUCUGUCCAGUCUUGGCAUCUUUGGAAUUAAAACCUUCUCUUACUCUUCUCUUGGCAUCUAGCUACUCCAAGAUCUUUGGGGUUUAUCCUCUUGCCUUAGAGCUAUUUAUAUUUCCAAAGCAGACAGUAGAGAAACUUGUGUUGAUGUACCAUGGUUACCCAGUGUCUCCUCUGCAUGGCAGGAAACAGCAUAGCCCACAGCAGGUGCAAAAGGUCCUGUGUUUGGGGUAUAGGAAGGCAGGGGAGAGUGUUAGUGUAUAGAAACAGUAUCCUACCAUCUACUUCAAAACUGGUAACACUCAGUUUUGCAUGUUGUUUAAAUAUUGAAGACCUAGACAAAGAACUAGGAAAAAAUGGCAGUUUCCAGGCCUAUCUGUGUUGUAAUUUUUCUUUCUUGGAAGAUACUACCCAUCUAUUAGAAAACAAAGCACUGGCUAUAUAUCAUUUGAUUUUUCACUGUAUCCAAAUCUUCCAUCGAGAUUAUUAUUGCCCAUUGUAUCUAAGCUAAAGGCAGUUUCAUCUUUUCCUUUCCUGAGCACCUGCGUGACUCUUUGAGUCAGCCCUGAACCUGGGGGUCUGAGUCCCUGUGUUGAUUGUAAAUCAUUGAUUGACUUGGGUGUUAACUUGUCUGGUGUCUGAGGGCAUUUAAGGUUUGGGACCAUUGCUUGAGGAUGCACUGAGGGUGUGCCUACACCCAUGCCAGAGAUUGCCAGGAAGCCUUAGGAAGAUUUCAUGCAGUUCUUAUUUUGAGGAUAAGCUCAAAAUUUGAAUUUGUUAGCAUUUUCCUUUGACUGAGGCACCAAUCACCAAGUCUUCAUCCUCCAUUUUCAUGACAAUUUUUAGUUCUUUGGUUCUUCUUCUAAAUUUAACUAAAUUGCCCUUUUAUAAGCAGGCUUUAUUUUGAGGU